GAUUUUAGUCGGCUUGAAAUUUAUGAUGAAUUUUCUGGUAUUACCACUCAAGGUACCAAGUCAAGAGCCAUUAUUAUCCAUUUCAAUGAAUCCAAACUUGCUGAUUCUAGCAAUUCAGAUAAAGCUUCCGUGUGA